UGCGCCAUCAAAAACAGCAACCGAUGGGGGCUAUCAGCCGACGAGGGCCAAAGUGGAGCUGCAUGUGAGAAGAAGACCCGGUUCUCAAGGCCGACGCAAACCAGCUGGGCAACUCGGCGGGGUGACUGGGCUGGACUACAAGAUGAACGGAGCUCUGGUCCACACCUGCUGGCAGACACGUUGUGAGACAUUGGUGAUCAGGAUGAAUCUGGAAAAACUGAGCAAACCAGAACUACUAACUCUAUUCAGCAUCCUUGAAGGGGAACUAGAAGCAAGAGAUCUUGUCAUCGAAGCCUUAAAGGCCCAGCACAAAGACACUUUCAUUGAAGAACGCUAUGGGAAGUACAACAUUAGUGACCCACUGAUGGCUCUGCAGAGAGAUUUUGAGAUGCUGAAGGAGGGAAAUCAUGGUGAAAAGCAGCCUGUCUGCUCCAACCCCUUGUCUGUCCUGAAAGUAGUGAUGAAGCACUGCAAAAACAUGCAGGAAAGAAUGCUGUCCCAGUUAGCUGCUGCAGAAAGCCGGCACAGAAAGGUGAUCCUGGACCUGGAGGAGGAGCGGCAGCGGCACGCCCAAGACACGGCCGAAGGAGAUGAUGUCACCUACAUGCUGGAGAAGGAGAGGGAGCGGCUCACUCAGCAGUUGGAGUUUGAAAAAUCCCAAGGGAAGAAGUUGGAGAAAGAGCAGAAGAAGCUGGCAAGCCAGUUGGAGGAGGAGAGGGCACGCCACAAGCAGCUGUCCUCCGUGCUGGUCCUGGAGUGCAAGAAAGCCACAGCCAAAGCAGCAGAAGAAGCACAGAAGGCAGGAGAGCUAAGCCUGAAACUGGAGAAGGAGAGGAGCAGAGUGAGCCGGCUGGAGGAAGAGCUGGCCUCCAAGAAGAAGUGGGGCUUGCAGAUGGAGGCACAGGUGGAGAAGCAGCUCUCAGAGUUUGACAUUGAGAGAGAGCAGCUGAAAGCUAAGCUGAACCGGGAGGAGAACCGGACCAGGGCCCUCAAGGAAGAAGUGGAAAACCUGAAGAAAGCCUUGAAGGAACUGGAGGCUUCUCACGGGGAUGGCAGCCCUGCUGACUGCUCGCAGCCAAGCCCCUCCACAGUCACCAGAGCUGUUGAAACCGAGAGCAGGUCGGUGAGGUCUGUGUCUUGCCAGACAGGCGGUGCUGAAGCAGACAAAGUCUCGCCCAUGGUGCUGCUGCCCAGCCCCGUCACACCUCCCUCGUCCUAUGCAAAAGCAAACGGGCACUGCGAUGCAGACAUGCAAGCAGGUAGCGAGCUACUGCAGGCCAGUGGGAAGGAGAUCCAGAAACCCACUGAGCCGGCCCCCGACAGCGCGGCUGAGAACGGAAGCUCCCCAGUGCGAACGGAGUCUCCGGUCCAUGUGACUGCACAGCUCCCUUCGUCUGGGGCAUCUGUGUCCCCCAGCAGCACCGCGGCCUCCUCCCUGACGCCCUCCCCAUGCUCCUCUCCGGUUCUCUCUAAACGCCUGGUGGGAGCUUCAGCGAGCAGUCCCGGCUAUCAGUCAUCUUACCAGGUGGGAAUCAACCAGCGUUUCCACGCCGCUCGCCAUAAAUUCCAGUCUCAAGCGGAUCAGGACCAUCAGUCCAGUGGGCUGCAGAGUCCUCCUUCAAGGGAUUUGUCUCCGACCCUUGCAGAUAACUCUGCUGCCAAGCAGUUAGCCCGCAAUACUGUCACUCAGGUCCUUUCCCGAUUCACCAGUCAGCAGGGGACUAUAAAACCAGUCUCCCCCAAUAGCUCGCCCUUUGGCACAGACUACCGAAAUCUGGCAAAUGCCGUGAGCCCCAAAAGUGAGUCUGGCCAUUCCCCAAACCCGGGCAAGGUCUCCAGCCCGCUGAGCCCGUUGUCUCCUGGAAUAAAGUCGCCAACCAUCCCCAGAGCAGAAAGAGGGAACCCCCCACCUAUUCCUCCAAAGAAGCCUGGCCUGGCUCAGUCCCCAGCCACUCCUGCCCCGCUAACCAAAACACUUUCCCAGGCGUCUUCUCUGGGCACCCCCAUGGACUUAGCAGGCAGCUGCUCUAACAACGCUGUCGUAGCAAACGGUAAAGACAUUGAGAUACUGCUGCCAACUAGCAGCUAGUCUCCAGAAGGUGUUGAGGUGACAUUCCAAGGCUCGGCAUCCUGGAGCUGAGACGUGCUCUCCCCACUUCGUGUUAUUUAUUUGGAUAGCAGCAGCCUCUGUCCAUGUCAUGCGUUUAAUAGGGUCCCUUUUUUUUUUUUCUUUUUUCAAAGUAGGUAGGAAAGGAUUUUUGCAUUGCUGUAUUAACAGGAACUAGAGCUAGAAGGUAGCCUCAAAAGGGGUCUCAUGGCAGGAGUCAGGUCAGUUGAGGAGGCAAGAAUCUCAACCCCGUGCCGGUCGCCGGCUAGCAACUGUCGUGGGACUGAAAGGCUCAUUUUAAAUUAUGCAGAAAUGACUUCACAGACUUUUACUCCAGAUGAACAUUGUAUAAAAAGUGCCUGAACAAAGCCUACAGUAUGAAUGUGGUUCUCUGCAACAACAACAAAAAAAACACAGAACGGGAGGGAGGAGGGGCAGGAAGACCAUCCAACUGCAGUGACGAGUUCCUCUGUGAAUCCUGAAUGUCUAAAACAACACUGAAACCAGUUGUUCGUAGAACAAGUCAGUAAGCCAAGUGCUACACGGUCACUCCUGAAAGGUGACUGCCGACUGGCCCAGAAGGCCAGGUUUGGCCCUGUGAGACCACCGCUCCUGUUGACCUCUCUGGAGGCGCACGGGAGCUACUUAUGGGAGAAUUUGGUCCUGAUACAGGCCAGAGAUCUUCCUUUCCUAGCUGGAGUUGUCCAAGUCCGGUGGGCGUAUGAAAUAGUCAGGGUGCCAGUUUUCCUUCAGCUUAAUAACUCCAUCCAAAGAUGUCUCGGUGUGGAUUCAAGUGUGAGAGAUGGCUUCCCGGCCUGUCACCUUCGACGUUAAAAUUCCUCACGCGUUCUGCUGUUGUGUGUAGAACUUCUGAGACCAGGAUCGUGCUAUUACUUGAUAAGCAUCUUGCUGUUACUUGAAAAGUGAAAUCUCUACCCCAUUCCAAACAGGUUUUUGCAACGGAAAGAUGGGAUCAGUACGAUGAUCAAAAGCAAUAAGUUAAGUUGCUCACUUUGUAAGCGUGCUACGCGGCAGACUGACACAGAUUUUUCUGACUAAUCGGGUUUGCAAUAGAGCCUUCACUGGCUGCAACCAUGGAACCAAAUUGUUAACUCUUUCAUAGAUAGAUAUGCAUAUAUAUGUAUAGGUAGGUGCCCGCGUGUACAUGUUAAACACAUAAUACUUAUAUAUAAAUCUUAGUCGGGUAUUAUUGAGGUUCUCCUUGCUUCGUAAAGGAAAGGUGGAAAUGCCUCGGGAUUGU